AUGAUAUCGGAAUCUCCUCAUGCCCGCCGUGAUAGGAGAGCGUCAACCACAGCCUACAACCACAACCACAACCUACAACCUCACUCUUUGCGUCAACCACAACCACAACCGACAAACACAACCUUUACGUCACCCACAGUCACAAUCUAUAACCCCAACUUACCGUCAACCACAACCAUAACCUACAAACGCAACCUUUACGUCAACCACACCCUUAACCACAACCACAACCAUAACCUACACCCUACAACUACAGCCACAACCUAUAACCUCAACCUUAGCGUCAAUCACACCCUUAACCACAACCUCAACCACAACCUUUACGUCAACCACAACCACAACCUCAAUCACAACCUUAGCGUCAACCACAACCUCAACCCCAACCUUAGCGUCAACCACAACCACAACCUCAACCCCAACCUUAGCGUCAACCACAAUCUCAACCCCAACCUUAGCGUCAACCACAACCUCAACCCCAACCUUAGCGUCAACCACAACCUCAACCCCAACCUUAGCGUCAACCACAACCUCAACCCCAACCUUAGCGUCAACCACAACCUCAACCCCAACCUUAGCGUCAAAAACAACCUCAACCACAACCUUAGCGUCAACCACAACCUCAACCCCAACCUUAGCGUCAACCACAACCACAACCUUAGCGUCAUCCACGACGUCACCCACAACCUCUACGUCAACCACACCCUCAACCACAACCUUAGUGUCAACCACAACCUCAACCCCAUUCUUAGCGUCAACCACACCCUCAACCCCAACCUUAGCGUCAAAAACAACCUCAACCACAACCUUAGCGUCAAAAACAACCUCAACCACAACCUUUACGUCAACCACAACCACAACCUCAACCCCAACCUUAGCGUCAAAAACAACCUCAACCACAACCUUUACGUCAACCACAACCACAACCUUAGCGUCAACCACACCCACAACCUCAACCACAACCUUAGCGUCAACCACAACCACAACCUCAACCACAACCGCCCUAAUCCAUCCCACUGCGCUCAUUAUCCCAACGAUAAGGCAAACAAACCAGGGUCGUCGCCGCCCCCUUUUUCAGGGUCGCACGCGCCCGUUAUGCAUCCUCAUAAGGGUGAUUUAUGGUGA